AUGGAGUCGAUUGAUACCUUGUGUGGCAACUUGACUCGUGCGUUUGAAGAACAAAAUGAUGACGUGCUCUCAUUGAUUACCAUUAUCGAUCUAUACGCUUCUGAAGUCAAUCGUGCUGGUUCGUUGAAGGAUAAAGUCAAGUUCCUAAAAACGCUUCUCCAUGAGCUUCAAAACAAUAAGCAUGUGGUGCAGGAAAUUGGCUGGGACCUUCCAAAGCCUCUUUUGAAAUUCAUUGAUUUAGGUAACAUUGAUUUCCACACUAGAUUACUAGAUAAUGAAAUAAUGGCAACAGUCGUAAGGUGUUUCAAUGAAAUUGCGCUUUUUGGCAACGCAAAAGAAUGCUUUCUCACAGGCUGCGAGUUACUUUCUGAGCUUAAAAUGGGCAAUGAUAUUGAAAAUGAGAACGAGAGCUCACACGAAGAGCAACAAGGGGACGAUACGGAAAAGGAGUCCACAGCUGAUGAAACGUCCAUCGAGGAAAAAAACUCCCCGGACAAAUCAACAAAAGGGGAGGAGAGCAGCAGUUCGUCUGAAGAUUCAGAUGAGACUAGCUCCGCAACUGCAUCGUAUGUGGCUCCUGCAAUCCAAAGGGAGCCGGAGGAGUCUAUUUUAGAAGUCAGACUGCAUCUCCUUUUUGAGCUUAUUAACACUACUAUUAAGCGAAUCUUCACCCUUUAUCCUUCCAGUUUUCUGGCCACUGCUGUAGGUGCGAUGUUCACUUUUUGCCGAAACAACGCAGGGGAUUUAGAAGACGGCUUUUUCGUACUGAAAAGGAUAUAUCUUUUCUGCAGAGGGUACAUACCUCCUCAGACUACCUUGGAUAAAGUUACAGACGUUUCAGAGGAAGAGAGGACUACUAUAAUUGAAGAUGAAAACUGUCUUCAAAGAAAGCUUCUUCGAAGUUUACUAACAUUUUCUUUGGCACAGUGGUUGAAACAAAGGCGUCUAUUAUGGGUAAUGUCGUAUUAUGCAGCACUCAAAAAGACAACGGUGCCAUUCAAUUUUAAUGAGUACUAUAAAUACAUGACAGAUUUGGUAUCACGUUGUUAUCAAUUAUCCCUCUCCUUUGAUAUUGACAUCAAGAACGAGUUUAUUACUCAGUGUGUCGAUGAGUCCAAACGAAUUUAUCAGUCGUUACCUAAGGAAGAUGAAAUUGUGAAUGAACAAGCAAAACGGGCUAUAAGUCAAGUUGUUUAUCAACUUGCUUAUACUUAUAAUUUACAAAAGAUGGUAAAUGAGAAGAACCUGUCCUUAGAUCCAGCAGGGGUGCUCAUUUUAGCGACGCAACAUUUCACGGAAACAGGGAAAAUCAUAUAUCCGGACAUGGAUUUGGGCUCUGCCAUCUAUAUGUACUUGAGGUUUGUUACUCCCGCUAUGUUCGCCGAUGAUACAGAGGACUACUGCUGUGUGACUGAAGCAUCCAAUUUCUGGAUUUGGGUUUCCGUUACCACCUCGUCAUGUUCCACUAAUAAGGAGAAAGUCAAAGCAAUUCCCAGUUAUUUGCAGAUAGCCUUUCUACAGCUGGUGUUACUAUCGGCAUCCAAGAGGGUGCGCGGUGAAGAAAGAAUGGUACACUUUACUCUUCUGACAAGAAUACUAUGCUUAAUGCCAGAAGAAAUCGUUUUCGAAUUCAUUCAAGAUACGUUAUUGAGUUGUCCAUUUGAAGAAAUGAAAUGCUGCAUUUUAGGAAUCCUGAAGGACCUGAUGGUCAAUACGCGAUCUUCAGCAGCUGAAGUCGCAGACAAUCUUUCAAAGCUAAGUUUGUCUGAGAAAGAUGGCUCUUCAAAACGCCCAGUCUUACCUCCUAGACCAUAUAUUUUGGUUAACGACGAUCGUAUGGCUGUGCUACAUAGCUUGGCAAUGAUGUCCAUUGAAACAACCAAAAGUGAACUCAAUCCAAAUAACCUGAGACUGCUUCUCACGUAUUUGCAUUUCUUCACUAAAUUACAACCAAAUUGGGAUAAACACCUCUUGACUGAAAUAAAUAAGGAGACCUCUAAAAUGCUAGAAAGGCAUCCUAAAGACGAGAUUCCUGAGUUCACUUUUGUUAAAAUUGCUAAUGAUAAUUUAGGCGAGUUGCUCAAAAAUUAA